AUGUCGCGACGGACGAAGAAGGUACUUCGGCUGAUUGACCUGAUAAAGAAGUUUCAGGACUCGGCAAUGAAAAGGAAUCCGUCAGAGCGUCAACCUGUGCGAGGACUGCAAAAAGAACAAGGCCAACGAAAGCCAGCUGGACCUCCUCCUGUCAGGAACCCCAAAGGACGUCAUAAAAGGAGGAUACCAAGGCCAUCUGUCCCCGAAGAGCCCAAAAUCCACGGUAGACGGAGGGCAGCAGGAGCAGGAGCACCUUUUAAAGAAGAGCCCCGAAAAGGGGGUAAAUGGAAGGGCGUCGAACCACCUGUUAUGCCCAAGAAAUGGAAGAAUUUACUGAAGGAAAGAGACAGACUAGUGAUUGCCUUAUUAGUCCAGAUGGAAGGGUUGUAUGCAGUCACGAAGAAUGUCUCGUUGAUAAACCAUUUGGACAGUCACGUCUCUGAACUUGAAGCGGCCAAAAGGCACAAUAUGAAACUGGUGAUUGAAAAAGUCAAGCGGUGCCGCUGCCAAGUUUUAGAGUCGAAGAAAAGAAAGGACGAGAUGUCAGUGCCUCGCAUUGGCCGAAGCAAACUGACAAAGUUGCUGGCUGAAAAGAGACUUUUAAUGGAUGAACUGUUUGUACAAGUGGAAGACCUUGAUCCAACCGAGGGAAACCUCUCCAUGAUAUAUCACUUGGAUGGUCACUUAUUGGACCUCCAGUUGGCUGGAGUAGGCGCAAUGGGCGCAGUCGUGGCAGAGACCAAGAACUGCCGAUGCCAAGCCAUUAAACGGGGGAAGAUGAAGGAACAAAGAGAAGACUUAAUCUAUGAGCUCAUGGUGCAGAUCGAAAGAAAGCAUCCAACCUCGGCAAAUCUCGAGGCCAUAGAUCACCUGGAGAGUCACAUCUGGGACCUCGACAUUGCUUCAGCCGAUGAGCUCAGAGUUGUGAUGAGAAAUAUCAAGAACUGCGCUUGUCAAGCUGCACUGCCUAAGGACUUCAAUAAAGUUCGGGAGAGGAAGGGGUGCUUUAGGCAGAGAGGUUGGAGGAACGCUCUCAUGGAGAGGAAUAAUUUAAUGGAAAAAUUGUCGGCACAAUUAAAAGCCUUUGGCGACAGCUAUAGAGAAAGCCACUACUCGCUGAUUAAACACUUGCAGAGACACCUGUGGCUCCUCCAAAGAGCGAAAGAGGGAGACAUUCCAUUCCUCACGGAAAAAGCACACAAAUGUUGGUGCCAGACUCUGGGGCAAUGCGAAACUUAUGAACCAGCAAUGACCAGACAAGGAACGGAGAGGACUGUAGAAGAUUCGUCCCCUAUUGGAUUUGCAUAUAGACCAGAUGACAGAGCUGUUUCAUGGGAGAAAACCGGAGAAUCUUCGCCACAGGAGCUUUCCCCAGAGAGACAGCAGAGGGGAGAGUUCCAAGGUCGGGAGAUUCCCAGGAGACGUGAUAUCUUCACCAGCAUCAAUGAGGCUGAACCCUUUCUCGCCAACAUCGUCGGGCAGCAACUCCUACAACAAAUCCAAGAGGAAAGGAACGCCCUCAAUGAAAAGAUGAAAGAGUUCGACGAAGGAAGAGAGCUUUUAAAUAAUGAGAGGCGUGCUCUUUAUGCUGAAAGGGAACGCUUCAACCAGGAAAAGAGAGAGGAACUGAGAAGACAAAGAGAGAAUCUAAUUAAGAAUGAAGAGAAAUUCGUUAAGGAAUUAAUGGAUUUGAAAUUGGAUAGGGAAGCCUUCCAGAAAGAGAAGGAGACGUUCUACUUGGACUACGCUGACAAGAAAGCAGAACUGAUGAGAGAAAAGGAGAACCUCACCAAGAAGCAGGAGAGGCCCUCUAAGGAAGCAAUGGACUUGAAAUUGGAUAGGGAAGCCCUCCAUAAAGAGAAGCAGACGUUCUACUUGGACUACAUCGACAAGAAAGAAGAACUGAUAAGAGAAGAAGAGAACCUCACAUACAAUCUCAAGAGGGUCGCUAAGGAAGCAAUGAACUUGAAAUUGGAUAAGGAAGCCCUCGAGAAAGAGAAGAGGCUCUUCUAUAUCAAAGUCGAUGAAAUGAGAGGAGAACUAAGAGAAGAAAAAGAGGAACUCAUCACAGAGCAAGAGAUGCUCAGGAUGGACAUUGCUGCCUUCAACCAGGAGAAAGAAAAAUUCUAUCGGAUGCAAGACCAAAAAGAAAAGAAAGACGAACGGAAAAUAGAUUUGAGACUUAAGGAAAAGUCUCAGGAUACAUGCAGCAGAUCAGUCGGCAUUGAAACAAAGAGACAGGGGCCAAACAGCAUGCAGCUUUUGAGCGAGGAAUUAAAAAGAUUCAUGGAACGUUUCAAUAAAGAAGUUGAUACAAGCAGGAAGUGUACAGCAGAAAAACUUAUAGACAGUAUUAUGACAAAAGAGGCCGACAACAUUCAUAAAGUCUUGAAGAGAAUACAAUCACUGAAAGCAAAGAAAAAGUGA